UCGCGGCCGGAAGUCCCGCCCCGGAAGCAGGCCGGCACAGGCCAUGGCGGCUUUUUGGCGCCGGUGGUCCGCGGGACUGCUCUCGCUGCGACCCCUACCCUCGCGCCGGCCCCUGCACGACUUGACCCCGCCCCGGGACGUGUUGCUCUUCAAGCAUGAACCGCGUCCCUUCUUCGCUGUCCUAGGGCUGUUCUGCGUGGGCCAGGGCGUCUUCUGGGCCUCUCUGGCCGUGACAGCCUUGUCCCGACCUCCAGUCCCCGAACAGCCUCAGAACGGCGAGACCUCAGCCCAUGGCCGCUUCAACCUGCGCUCAGCGCUCUGGCGCUACGGGCUGGCUGUCGGCUGCGGAGCCAUCGGAACCUUGGUACUAGGUGCUGGUGUUCUCUUUUCCCUCCGAUCUGUGCGCUCAGUGAUGCUUCGGGCUGGAGGGCAGCAGGUGACCUUCACCACUCAUGCCCCUUUUGGCUUGGGGGCCCAUUUCACCAUUCCCUUGAACCAGGUAUCAUGCAUGGCCCACCGGGGUGAAGUUCCUGCCAUGUUGCCUCUGAAGGUCAAAGGACGGCGCUUCUACUUCCUCUUGGACAAAAAUGGACACUUCCCCAAUACACAACUAUUUGACAACACUGUGGGUGCCUACCGGAGCUUGUGAAGAAACAAUCUUGGGUCACUCACCCCUCCCAGAGGAAGAUUAAAAACGGAACAUUAGGGGGCCAGCAGGUGGCAUGAUGGUUAAGGGCACAAGAUUCCCACAUGGCCAACUGCAGUUCAAGUCCUGGACUUAGUGGCUUGCUUUUCUGACUUUCUCUCUCUCUAGCUCUGUCCAUCUCUGGUCAAAUUUAAAUAACAUUAAAUAAAAAAUAAUUCUUAAAAAAAAAUGAACAUUAGGUCACAUAUAAGGGCCCAAGAUUAAUAGCAAAUAAAGGAGCAAUCAUCCCCAGGGCAGCUGCAUGAUAGCACCUCUAAGUUUUGACCUAUGUAUAUUUAGCCUUCCCUCCUACCUCCCAACUACUUGCUUGAACAUCAAGAAUGCAGUACCCCUCUAAAAAAAAAAAAAAAAGGAACCAGCA